UCGCUGCCACAGAAAGACGUGUUUUAUGUCACGCCUUCUUUGUCUCAUUUUGUCCACCAAACGUUUUAUGCUGUGCGUGAAUGAACAAAGGGGAGCUUUGUUGAUUUGCUGGAGUGCUUACCAGGCAUAUUUGGUCAAUCCAUGACCGCGAGCCAAUCAGUGCUAACAUGCUAAAUAGGCUAGCUGUAUGUACAUAUUGCAUCAUUAUGCCUCAUUUGUAGGUAAUUUGAGCUCAUUUAAUUUCCUUUACUUAUGUCGUCCGUGUAUUUAAUUUAUAUUUGCAUGUCUCAUGACAUGUUAUCUGUAUGUAAUAUUGGCUGCAAUUCUGUGUUGUUUGUGUGCCAUGUUGUUCCGGACCACAGCAAACGUUACACAGCUCAAAAAGAUUGUAAUAAAUUCAUUAGAAGAAGACCGCCUGCGGUUUCCUUUAACUUGGACACCCACAUCUAUACCGUUGCCAUUCUGAGCCAGUAAUUUCCAGAACUUAUCUCAUCCUGUGAGAAGCCUCCAUUUUACUAAUUAUUCCAAAAUGUGUAGAAUAAAAAUUAAAAUACAACAUUUCUGUCAACGAAGAUUUGCGUCAGCCUUUGAUAGUAGGCUAACAUAGCUAAUAUAGACACUUACAUCAUGUGUUGUCUUCAUUAUAACACUUAUAUAAGGCUUUUAAUUUUUUGCGGCUCCAGACAGAUUUGUUUUACUUAUUUUAGGUCCAAUAUGGCUCUUUCAACAUUUUGGGUUGCCGACCCCUGCCCUAGGGCAACAACAUAUGUUUGAUGAAACGUGAUUAUAUGCAUGAGUGUAUGUAUGUAUAUGUGCUUGUAUAUGUACAAUAUGCACCUGCCCAAUUCCAAACAAGGUUUAAUGUGUUACAUGUUUAAUGGGUUGGUGAUAACCCUGUAAAUGUUCACACCUGUAAAAAUGAGUUAAAGGGGCGUGGAAGCGCCAACUCUCCAGGGAAGAAAACAAGAGUGGAAGUCCUCCUCUCCACGCAGACGACCGCUCCUGCUGCACAAACAAUGUCCCCUUUGGAGGACUUCCUGGCGUCGCUCUCGUCGAGUUCUACCACCGUGCUGGUGGGCGUCUUUGUGCUGCUCCUCUUAGCCGUUGCCACCAGGAGCUUCACUUUGCAAAGCAAGGAAAGUGAGAGGGAGCCUCCGGGGCCGAAACCAUGGCCCUUGCUUGGCAACCUGCUGCAGCUAAAUCUCAACAAGACCUACAAAGAGUUUUGUGAGCUUUCAGAACGGUACGGGUCCGUAUUUACGGUCUACAUGGGCACCAAUAAAGUGGUGGUGCUGGCUGGAUACAAGGCGGUCAAAGAGGCGCUGGUCAACCAUGCAGAGGAAUUUGGAGAGCGCCACAUCUUCCCGAUUUUUCAGGACAUGAACCACGGCCAUGGAAUUGUGUUUUCAAACGGAGAGUCAUGGAAAGAAAUGAGACGGUUUGCCCUCAGCACUCUGAGAGACUUCGGAAUGGGCAAAAGACUCGCUGAAGACAAAGUCAUAGAGGAGUGCAGCCACCUUAUUCCCGUCAUUGAGAAGUUUAAAGGGCAACCAUUUGACACAACUGCUCCACUGAGUAAUGCCACGUCCAAUAUCAUCUGCUCCAUCGUGUACGGCAGCAGGUUUGAUUACAGCGACCCUCGCUUCACCAAAAUGGUGAGAAGAGCCAAUGAGACCAUUGUACUGAAUGGAUCGCCACAGACUCAGCUUUACAACGCCUUCCCACGGCUGUUCAGCUGGAGUAAACAUCGGCGGAUGAUGAUCAAGAGGCGUGACGAAAACCUCCAGGACGUGAAGGAGCUGCUGGCCAAAGUAAAGGAGAAGCUGAACCCUGAAGUGUGCACGGGGGUAGCUGACAGCUUCUUCAUUCGCAAGCAAAAAGAGGAGGAAGCAUCGAAUGGAAAGAGCCACUUCAACGAUGACAACAUGAUGUACGUUGUGGCCAACCUGUUUGCUGCAGGCACCGACACCACCGCCACCACACUGAGAUGGGGCAUGCUAUUGAUGGCCAAAUAUCCCCAAAUACAAGAACGGGUCCAUGAAGAGCUGAGCAAAGUGGUCGGAAGCCGUCAGAUUCAAAUGGAGGAUCGCAAGAACCUUCCCUACACCGACGCCGUCAUUCACGAGACGCAGAGGUUCGGCAACAUCGCCCCCAUGGCCAUCGUGCACCAAACCAGCCGGGACGUAACCUUCAGGGGAUACUUCAUCAAAAAGGGCACCAUUGUUAUCCCUCUACUUACAUCCGUCCUCUACGAUAAGAGUGAGUGGGAGACACCCAACACCUUCAACCCUUCCCACUUCCUGGACAAGGAGGGUAAAUUCGCCAAAAAGGAUGCAUUCAUGCCCUUCUCUGCAGGCCGCAGGGUUUGUCUCGGAGAGGGUCUGGCUCGGAUGGAGCUCUUCCUCUUUUUCACCACCCUCCUUCAGAACUUUCGCUUCACGCCUCCGCCCGGGGUGUCGGAGGACGAGCUGGAUUUGACUCCAACGCAUGGACCUCGCCUGGCACGGAAGUACGACAUUACUUCGGGAGCACCCGAAGAGGAAACAUGUUGUAGCCAUGGAUGAAGGGAAGAACUCACGCGAGUUAAUCCAUUUUUGGGGGGACUUGAGGGGAUAAUUAUGAUGCGUUCAAGAGUCUUACGGCCUGAGGGAAGAAGCUGUUACAGAACCUGGAGGUUCUGCUUCAGAGGCGGCGGAACCUCUUUCUAGAGUCCAGCAGUGAAAACAGUCCUUGGCGGGGGUGGGAGGAGUCUUUGCAGAUUUUCUGAGCCCUGGUCAGGGAGCGGCUUUUUGCGAUCUCCUGGAUAGGAGGAAGAGGAGUCCUGAUGAUCUUUUCCGCCGUCCUUACCACUCUCUGCAGAGACUUCCAGUCUGAGGCACUGCAGGCUCCAGUCCAGACAGAGAUGCAGUUGGUCAGCAGGCUCGCUAUAGUGUCUCUGUAGAAUGUAGUGAGAAUGGGUGGAGGAAGCUGUGCACUUUUUACCCGACGCAAAAAGUGCAUGCGCGGCUGAGCUCUUUUUACAAGAGCUCCGGUGUGUAGGGACCAGGUCAUAUUGUCAGUUAUCUGCACUGUUAUGGCAGGGCAUCUGUCACUUCAUCCUGGACAAUAUUCAUGACAAAAUGUGUGCUUUGUUUUAAACAUGUGCUAUUUGGAUUUACACUGUAUGAGAAAACAUUUGAAAAGGAAUUUGACCUUUGCAACCUCAUUAUACUAUUGGCUAAGUUUUAUAUUCAUAAAUGUAAGUUUCUCAAUACCCGACCUGUUUUGUUGUGCCUUUAAAAAAAUAAUUAGAACUCUAUGUGAAAACACUCUCGACCUCUAACAACCAAAAAGCUGUGAAAACUAUGAUGCUGUGUUCCAAAUUUAAAUUAUUUACUGAACUUGUGUGAGCCUAUGGCUUUGCACUUCCAUCCAUCCAUCCAUCCAUCUUCUUCCGCUUAUCCGAGGUCGGGUCGCGGGGGCAGCAGCCUAAGCAGGGAAGCCCAGACUUUCCUCUCCCCAACCACUUCGUCCAGCUCUUCCCGGGGGAUCCCGAGGCGUUCCCAGGCCAGCCGGAAGAUAUAGUCUACCCAACGUGUCCUGGGUCUUCCCCGUGGCCUCCUACCGGUCGGAUGUGCCCUAAACACCUGCCCAGGGAGGUGUUCGGGUGGCAUCCUGACCAGAUGCCCGAACCACCUCAUCUGGCUCCUCUCGGUGUGGAGAAGUAGCGGAUGACAGAGCUUCUCACCCUAUCUCUUUGUUAUAUAUAUAUAUAUAUAUUUAGCAUUCUAUUUUAGUUACUUUAUUCAGUUUACAACUCCCU